AUUUGAAGUUCAAGUCAUUGAGAAAUUUGGAGUGGUCGUAAGCCAUGACUUGAAUAUGUCCGCUCAUUACAGUGCAGCUGUAGCUCAAAAGCUCUAGGGUACUUUGCAUCUUCUACCCGGAUAUUUGUGAUCCUACCUUGAAAUCCUUCAUUCAGGCAUGCAAUCAUUGCUUUAGAAAAGACGCUAAAGUUCGAGUGUGUUUUAAAAGUCGGCAGUGUAUCCAACCUAUCGCAUAAUUAGCAUUUAGAUCGGCUUAAUCUAUUCCCAUUGUAUUAUCGCAGAAUACGUGUUAGCCAUAUAUUAACAUUUUGUACCGUUAAAAUGAUGUUGGAAUUGACAUUUUUUAAUGUUUUCUGUUUUAAGCACCGAUUGUCGUCGAUGCUACCACAAAGAAACUUGAAGACUGAUCAAAUCGGCUUAGUUUGAACCUGGACUUUUCCCAUUGAGUAUUUAGCAAGUGAAACUCCCUACCCAAGCAAGUAUUAUGAGUUACUUGGGUGUAUGCAUUCAUAGAGAAACUAAAUUCCUAUAGAUAUUUACUACUAGGAAUAAUAUGAGUCAAAUUAGUGUACUAUCUCUAUCACUGAAGACUGAACUUUAACAAUGUUAUAAUCGUUGACGGAAGUGUUUUAACAUUAUGUGAAACUUAUUGUAGUGUAAUCCCCUCACAUAAAAUACAGUCUAAAUUUUCUGGGUAGUUAGGAGGAAAUAAAAUAUGACUAAACCUGGCUUCUAUCUACCCCCACAAAGUGGCACUCAACACACUUGCGAUGGAAACUAUAGUCGCAUGAGCACAUGCAAGCUUCAGCUGAGCCGAUGCAAGUAUGUACGAGUUCUACGUUUAUUUUUUUAGUCAGUCAGUCAGUAACUUUACAGUUCGCACCUUACAAUAUUUUUCAACUAUAAUCCAGAAUCAUCUGUUAAGAAUAACUUUCAUCGGGGUGUCGUAUAUAAAAUUUUUGUGUCGUUAAUUCUGACUAGUACUUUGAUAUAACUGUUAGCACUAAACAACAGAACGUCGUCAAAAACGACUUUGUUGUGUUAUUCAUUCAUUUAUGGGAAUUAUGCGUCUACAGUAGUCCGUUUUGUGUUCAUGACCCCCUCCUGCCUACUGAGUGUUUCCCCUACAUUUUAGGGUGGACUGGGUUGUUUUCUAAUUUUAGGUACAAAUUGGAGUUGUGGCUUGUUGUUUAAAACAUGAAUGUCAACCAUGUAAUAACUACUAAUUUUCAUGUUUGGCGCCGGCAAUAUGUCAUACCACCACCUAUAAAAGAUGAGUGUACAGCAUAUUAGUGCGUUCAGUUUCAUUGUUAGUGUAUAGGACUUGGUUUUUGAAGGUGGCAGUUUUGAAGAGGUUGCAAGUUUUAACCAUAGGUGUCUUUGUAGCAUUAUUGUCGUGUUGUGUAACCUCAGAAUUGUGGAUAUUAAUGUUGGAUGUAAAGUAGUGUGUAAGAGAAGCAAGUUGUCGGGUGACGAUAAUCUUUUCCGACUCAGGUAACUGAGAUAUGUGUUAUUGCCUAGCCACCAUCUACCUUGACAUUGAAUUAGCUUAGUGAGUAAGUUCAUCCCUGAGGUUUGUGACUCUUCCUAAAUAGUACAGGAAAAUGUGGUUUACACUUGACAGUGUUUCAUGUGAUGUUAGGAAUCAAUAAACACAAACUGUUUGUGAAAUGACUCAAAAUUGAUCAUAGUAAUUUAGAUAAAUUCACUACUUUUUCUAAAGAAGGGGAAUAUUUUCUAAACUUUCGUUUACCCUUUCCUCUCUCCAUCCUUCGUGUUUCGAUAUACGUUUUUCUACUACUGGUAAUAUGUUCCCUAUUCUGCUGGUAAGCAUGACAGUUUAAACUGAUUCAGUUCUAUCUCAGAUCGUCCCUGUAUUAAUCUUUUCUAGAUGGAAAUGAUCUCCUUUCAUAUUACAACUGGUUAUUCAAAACUUUUGUAUUCAAUCGUACAUAUUAUAUGCUUUUUGUUUUAUGUUUUAGGGUAAGACUUUUAAGUGAGAAUAAUCCAUAAAAACUGGUCAGUAUUAUGACUCAUUUGACAGAAGGUCCUCUUAACAUUGAUGUGUUACGAGAAAGUUAUCAGAAAGAAUUCCUCAGUUACAUUGGUGUAUAUCCUUCACCCAAGUGUAUAUACUGGGAGAAGGAUGUUUUAGCUCAUAUGAGUUCUGUAGUUAACAAUUCUGAUUUGAAAAAGCAUGGUGUUAUGAAUUCUUUUCUCCUUCCAUCUACCAAAGACGCCUCUUCUCCACCAGGAUGUAAAUCUGUAGUAUUUAUUAUCAGCCCAAAAGUCGGUGUUGUUGACUGUGUUCAAUCGUUUGUACAAAGAGAUUCACAGUCGAGUCAAGAUACUGGAAAACAAUAUGGUAUUAUUGCAAUUCCAAGAUUUUCUUUCGCAUGUAAAAGUCUCUUGAAGGAGAAAAAACUGAUCAAUAAAUUCACGGAUAUAUCUGAGUUUCCUCUGACGAUUGUACCUGUCGAGUAUGAUGUCCUAUCCAUGGAAGAUUCUCAGUGUUUCGCUAACUACUCAGUAGGUGAACGGCCCGAUGGUGUUUAUCAAUUUGUGCAGGGAUUGAUGAGAUUUCAAUCUCUUUUCGGUUUAUUCCCAAAAAUAUAUGCCAAAGGAGAAAAGGCUAUUGAAGUGGCCAAAAUGCUAAAACGUAUGUCUAAUGAAACCAGCGCUUCGAAUAAGAACCAAUCACAGUUUUCUGCUUUAGAUGAAACUGACAGUCAGACUGAAUUAUUAAUUCUCAUCGACCGAUCUGUUGAUCUUCUAACUCCACUGUUAAGUCAGUUAACAUAUGCUGGACUAGUCGAUGAGGAAUGGGGAAUUCGAUUCGGUAUUUGUCGUCCAUAUCGUUCGUCAGACAGUGAAACAUCGAGAAAGCUAGUACUCAAUUCAACAGACAUGGUGUACGCAGAAAUACGCGAUCAAAAUUUUUCCUCCGUAGGAGUUACUCUAUCACAGCUUACAAAAGAAAUUUCUACGCUUGUUGCAGAGUCUAGAUCAGCCAAGGAACUAUCGGAUUUGCGUCGUGUAGUCAGUCAAAUACCAGAAAUUCGAUUAAAGCGAUCAGAACUUGAGAUACAUACUUCACUUGCAGAAGAAAUACAAAAGCGUGUGAAAACCGAUGAUUUUCUGCUAAGUUUAAAAGCCCAGCAAGAUUUCCUUAAUCACAGUGAGACGGAUAAAGCACAUCCUUUCAUAGAAGACUGCAUUUUGAGAGGAGCGCCUAUAGAAGAGGUUCUUCGUUUGAUCUGCAUUCAGUCUUUUUGUAAUGGAGGGUUAAAACAACGACUUUUGGAAUAUUACAAGAACGAAAUAAUACAAGUUUAUGGUUUUGAGAAUAUUUUCACACUGGACAAUUUGGAACGGAUAGGCUUACUACAUGAAUCCUCCAACAAUAUGAUAAAUAGCAUACAGACAUCAGAUUUUACACCUCAAGAAAAAAUUAAUUUCAGAAAUAGCAGUCUAACGUAUUCGAAAUUAUCAACAGGUCUAAAACAAACAGUCAUCAACAUAAGUAAUAGUUACAAUUCAGUAUUGAAGGGGAAUUUAAGACUUAUACCAUCUAUUCCUGAUGGUGUCAAUGAUUCUGAUCAAGCUGUAUCCAACAUAUUUUCUGGUUAUGUCCCUAUAUCCACUCGUCUUAUUCAAAUAUGGACAAGUAAUUGGUAUCCUAAGUGGAAUCUGUCGUCAGCAAUUGCUUCUACAACAGGUCAGUCUAAUUCGACCAGUAGUGGAGCUGGUGCUUUUUUGCUAUCAAGAGCCACAGAUGCCAUAUUGUCGGGGACGCGAUUAGUCUCAGGUCUUCGUUCAGCUGAUAGUUUAGAAAUGUCUGUGUUGCCCGAGUUUAAUACACAAAGCAUACUUGAUCCGAACACUCCGACAAUAUCAUCACGAAUAACAGGAAGGCAACGUAUUUCUCUUCCAAAUCAGUCACUAUAUACAGCUGCUAAUCGUACAACGUCACUGUCCAAUUUAAUCAGUGCUCCAGAAUUAGAAGAAGUACAAAUACCAGUUAGUGAUGAUCUUCGUUUUGCAUCGAAUAAUGUUACCAAGAAUAACCCAAAUAAACCCCGCGUUGUAGUUGUCGGUUUUGUUGGUGGUGUAAGCCAUGCAGAAAUAUCAACUCUAAGAACCGUAGCUGCUGCUGAAGACUCUAAUAUUGAGUUUGUGAUUAUUACAACGGGUUUUUUAACAGCGCAUACAUUUAUUAAUUCGCUCAGUCAAUUGAUAAAGCCAGUAUCAUUGACACCAUUUUAACUACGCAUAUAAACCACUAGCCAUUAAUCGGCAAUAUAUAACUUUCAAGUAAUAAUUGUCAUUAUUAUUACUGCUGUGUUCUUCAUUUUCAUUUUGUAAUGCGUAUUUGUAUAAUAAUAUCUCUUUGAUAUUAGCA